AUGCCCAACCAAAAUUCACUCAGAUCACUUUAUGCUUGCGUAAUGACAGCCGACACCGGCUUCCCUAGUACACUAACGGCUUCUCGCUGGUCCCUUGCUUCGACGCUGAUACCCCCCCCCAGCAUCAUAAGGACUCGCCAUAAUGCUACGGAGAACCAGAAGGGCACCUACGGCUUGCUCUUGGUGCCAUCAUCGCAAGGUUCGAUGCGACGCAUCAAUAUUGGGAUGUCCUUGUACACGAUGUCGACAGGAUGGUCGGACAGAUUGUGUUCUCCGUGUGAAGUUACCAAAGUAGUGCAGCCUGCUCUGAUUGUAUCAGAUUGGAUUCUAAAGUAUGACAGCAGACUGAGAGCCUCGCCAACUCAGGCCUAUCCAUCCUUCGACUGCUCUUUCACGAAGCCUGAUUGCACACAAGAAAUCAAUUUCGGCGGUCCAGGAAACAACGCAUCGAAACUAAGGAUAUGUGAAUCGCAGUCUCGAUUUUCAACAAGCCCCGAAAUUGAAAACCCCCUAUCUGAAGAGUACCAGUUCCUGCACUAUGAUCUAUUUUCCUUAUCAUCCGAAGACAAAGCAUUCCUCUUUGCCAAGGGUUCAUUUUCUUUGCCUAAUCGAGAGCUGGCAACACACUUCGUCGAAAAGUUCUUCCAGCGCAUCCAUCCAGUUGCUCCUGUUAUUGAUGAGGCUCAGUUCUGGCUUAUAUGGGACGGGAAAUGCGAGGAGCAAUUUUCGCUUUUCCUCUUCCAGGCAUUGCUUUUCGCGAGCUGCCCCUUUGUUCCAGUAGAAGUCCUUCAGGAAUGUGGAUAUACUAAUAAGAGAGAUGCUCGAAAGCAGCUUUACGAUAAAGCGAAACUGCUAUUCGACUUGAAUGCCGAGACAAAGCCGUCGGUUAAGGCCCAGGGUGCUGUACUUCUCACCCAUCAUACCUCAGCCGAAGCCCCUCAGGCGGGAAGUUUAUGGCUUACACGUGCAAUUGAAAAUUCCAUAAUGAUUGAUUCCCAUCCAUCCGUCAGCGUGGAAAGUUUCCCACAGAACCUAAAAAGACGUGUUUGGUGGACAAUAUUGAUACGUGACAGGAGUCUUUGUAUUGGACUGCGCCGCCGCCCACAGGUGGCUUCGAUCGAUAUCUACGGAUGCCGAGAUUUGCCGAGCGAGGCUGACUUUGGAAAGGAGCUGCAUAGUUCAAGAGUCCAUGGAUAUGAUACCAAAAUACAGUUACUCACCGCCCUUCAAGAGCAAUGUGGCCUAGCUGUUCUCCUCACAGACUUGGUCUCCUUAGUAUUCACUCCUGCGGUGAUGGCAAGAACCGAAUCAUCGGUGGCUGAGCUAUACAGAAAGUUGAAGCGAGUCGAAGAUAUCAAACAAUCUCUCAGUCUGUGGGAAAUCCAAGUCCAACCUCCACCAAAUCCACAUGUUCAUUCAACCUUUGAAGAUGCAGCGGGGGCAUUGAGAAGCUUGACUUUCAUGUACUAUCGAGCUGCCCAGGUCGAUCUUGCGCAGUAUGCGGCUCUUCUUCUAGAGGAACAAAUCUCUUCCUCAACCGAGCUGUAUGAGAACUACAUAAAUCAGAUUGCAAGAGAUCUGGCGGUGGGAAUUUCCGGCUUGAGUAAUGUCAUGGAAUAUUUCAGUGCCAAUGGCAAUGUGGAGGACUUGCCACUUAGCGUGUUAGUCUGCCAUGCACGUCCAUCUAUGAAUGAACAGUGCGAAGUCACAGUCUGCGAUGAUAACUUAGCUAAUGUCUCGGCAUUUCUUCAUAGACUAGCAUAUGCUGCAAUGCCACUUGUCUUGGCAGCAAUUGAUCUCAAGCUUUCACCAUCCUCUCGGGAAACACAAAAACGACAAAAAAGGUUAGACUCCAUCAGCCGAAUCAUUCGACAUUCAGAAUCGCUGUACGACGUUACGGACUUUGUGGCAGUGGGGACCAAUCAAAUAUUACAGUUGGCGUAUUCAGUAACACGAAACAUAUUCCUUUCGAGCGAUUCAAAAUUACGGAUCAGGCCUGAGAGCGACCAGCUAGAUCUCAAAGUCCAGAAGCAGCGUAGCCAUGGUUCACGUGGCCGGGCCAAAAGUUGGUUCGAUGCCUUUCUCAGCUGUCCUCGUGCGUACCUCUUGAUAUCAACUUCUGUGGAUUACAGUCUUGCAGUAGGCCGUCUUCCCUGUCACGACUCUCUUCCUCUGUCGGUUCAACAGCUGCCUCCAAGCAGCGGCAUUGCUCGGCUGCCAUGGUCAACCGGUCUAACCAUAGAGAAUGAAAUGGGUUGUGAGAUCUUUGGGAAAGAUGAAAGAAAUACCAAAGCUCACUCGGCAUCGGUAAGGUCUACGAGCACCGUCGCGGUGACAAACAAUACACUAACCAUAUACCAUUAUCUGCAGCCAAAUGGGACUCUUCACGGCCAAUAUAGACAGGAAUGUCACGACCAAGGGCUUCCCCACGGAGAUGAAUGGCCCACGUACCCAGAAUUUGGGGAGAAGGAUGAACGGAGCGAUUACAACCACCCCGUGACUGUCAAUCUUGAUUUCUUGGAUUUUGAUUUCGGGCUCAGAUCGCCAGCCCAAUCUUCUCUCUGGCACUUAACAGUGUCUGACCACACCGAAUUUCCACCGCUAGCUUUCACGUCCCACAAGUACAACAAGCUAGGAAAUGCAGAUUGUACAUACCCUUAA